AUGUCGAAAUAGCAAUGGACACUAUUGACUACGGACACCUAAAAACUAUAAUUAUUUGGUAUGCAAGCCAGAGUCACGACAAAUUAUGGUGAUGUGUUUCAAGGACUCAUAUAUUAUUGUGAUGAAUCAAUCAUUAUAUUAAGUAUGAAUGAAAUUGCAAUUAAAUAGAAAAUGAAGAUGACUUAUUUUUAAUUAAUCAGCAAUCAAUACAAGAUCUAUAAACCAUUGAUAUUUAAGAUCCUAAAGUAUGCGUUCCACUAAGCGUAGUAAACAUUAUAGAAUUUGUUGGCUAUCGAUUUGGCAGCCAUGGCUCAAGAGAUGAUAAAGAAGGAAAUGAAGGAACCCCAUUAGCAAUUAUUUGAUCAUCUAUAAAAGUUGUACAGAGAUGUAGAUUGGAAAGACUAGGAGAUCAUUAUUCCAUCUAUUUCAAUCCGAAUUUCACCGCCGUAUAAAUCAAACAAUAUAUCAGGAGAAAACAAGUUGGGAGUUGAAAGACUAAGGAAAAUUGUUGAUAAAUAUGCCAAAAAUUUUUGA